AUGGGAGUGGGGCAAGUGCUGCUUGUGCUGCUGGCUGCCUCCACGGUGAUGCCUGCAAAGGACCCGUUGCUGAACAUCUGUAUGGAUGCCAAGCACCACAAAACCCAGCCUGGCCCAGAAGGGAUGCUGCAUGACCAGUGUGCUCCCUGGAAGGAUAACGCCUGUUGCACAGCCAACACCAGUUCAGAAGCCCACAAGGACCAAUCCAACCUGUACAACUUCAACUGGAACCAUUGUGGGCUGAUGCCAACCAAGUGCAAGCGCCACUUCAUCCAGGACACAUGCUUGUAUGAGUGCUCUCCCAACUUGGGGCCCUGGAUUGACCAGGCUGACAGCAGCUGGCGUCGGGAGAGGAUUCUUCAUGUGCCACUCUGCAAAGAGGACUGCGAGGAGUGGUGGGAGGACUGCAAGGACUAUGUCACCUGCAAGGAGAACUGGCACAAGGGCUGGAACUGGGCAACAGGAACGAAUCGCUGUCCCUGGGGCUCCAUGUGCAGACCCUUCAGCCAUGUCUUCCCCCAACCAAAAGACCUGUGUGAGAAAAUCUGGUCCAACUCCUACAAAUACACCACAGAGCACCGGGGCAGCGGGCGCUGCAUCCAGAUGUGGUUUGACCCUGCCCAUGGAAACCCCAAUGUGGUUGUGGCGAAGUACUAUGCUUGGAAAAAGAGAUCCUCCCCUGCUUGGAUGGAGAACGUGACUCCUGAGACCGACAAAGCCGUGUGUGCUCUGCCAUGGCCUGCCCUGGUCCUGCUGCCUCUGGCCCUUGUGAUGCUCCUGGGGGGAGCUGGGGGCCAUGGAAGCCGUGGGCGGGGGUCCCUGUGA